GCCUUAACGGGAGAAAAUGUUAAUGAAAAACGGUCGUUUGUACUUGGUCAUGUGGUCUGAUAUUUAUUCAGUUAUUUUUGUGCGCACAAGUUGCACAUUGCAUUUGAGGAAGGCGUAGACUUGGGGAGUUGACAGGCACUUCGGGGUGCUUCGCCCUGCAGCGUGUACAAUCAGCCCUCAGGGGUAACCGCCUACUUUUCUUUACUUACAAGAUUUCCGCUGCGGCUGUUUGUAGAUAGGCUACACGAAAGCGAGUGUUCUUUCAUCCUUCAUUUUAAAGAGAAAAAGAAAUCGCUCUGGGAUCAACAACAAACAUUGACCAAGACAUGAAGCCUGGCCACCGGAUAUAAACUUUUUUUCGUAGUUGUGCUUUUCACGAAAGAAUCCGACGCAAAGUUAUUCCGUGCCGCAGGAUUAACUGUUUCCGACCGCUCGUCUUUUUCCUGUAAAACCCCAAGUGUGUGAAAGUGUCAGCUGCUGUGGAGGCGCGCGAGGAGGAUGCGCCCGGAGUCACACACACAGCGCGCGGACAUCGCGUGUGCUAAGGAAACAAACUGCGAGCAACAGAAAGAGCCAGGCAUUCCACUAAAAAAGAAACUGUGCUAUGGCAUUGGAGGGAUGCCUUAUCAAAUGACAUCUAAUGCCAAAGGCUUUUUCAUGAAGAUCUUCCUACUGGAUAUUGUGCAGAUGACUCCGUUCUAUGUGUCUAUGCAUCUUUUCCUUGGCCGAGUCUGGGAUGCGAUCACAGACCCUUUAGUGGGAUACAUGGUUAGCAGGAGUGGCCGCACUCGCUUAGGCAAACUUAUUCCCUGGAUUGUGUACUCCAUGCCAUUGGGAGUGAUCUCCUACAUUAUGCAGUGGUACACUCCUAAGAACACCAUGUCUCCUGCCUUCAGCUUUUGCUGGUUCGUUGGUUGGUGCUGUCUUUUUGACACGUUCAUGAGUUGCUACCAUGUACCCUACAGUUCUCUAAACAUGUUUUUGGGUGGUAACCAAAAAGACAGAGACUCAGCUACUGGCUACAGGAUGGGAAUGGAGAUGUUUGCGACAUUGGCAGGAGCCACCAUCCAGGGACAGAUUGUUGGGGUGUAUCAUGCUAAAAAAGCACAAGCAUGUAGUGAGCUCAAUGAGACUCUUGCACUAACGAGAAACUAUUCAUCUGAGCUGUACAACAGCUCCACCGCUCUUUUUACAGACACACUACAGGAUACGAGGAGAGCUUAUUUGAUUGCUGCAUUGGUGUUAGGAGCGUUCUACUUCCUGUCCUGCACUGUGCUGUUCCUCGGAGUGAAGGAGCAAUUAGCUCCACUGAGUAAGCUGGAUCGCGUACAAGUCUCAUUCCUGAGCGGUAUGAAAAUGCUUGUGAGACAUAAGUCAUAUGUCCAACUUGUGCUCGGAUUUCUCUUUACUUCAGUUGCUUUUCAGAUGGGCCAGGGAAACUUUGCUCUUUUCUGUACAUAUGCAGCUGGAAUGGGUGCUUACUUCCAGCACCUUGUACUCAUAUUACUGAUUGCAGGCACAUUGUCCAUUCCACUAUGGCAGAUGCUAUUGGUCAGGCUGGGCAAGAAGACCACUAUCUUCAUUGGGCUAACAGUUUAUAUUCCUGCUCUCAUCAUUUUAUCCUGUGUGAAGGGUAAUUUCAUUGUCUUUUCCAUGGUGGCAAUUUUGGCUGGUGCCAGUCUAGCAAGUUUAUAUCUACUUCCAUGGUCAAUGCUGCCAGAUGUGGUGGAUGACUUUAAAGUGAAGAAUCCAUCAUGUACCGAUCUGGAGCCCAUGUUUUACUCUUGCUAUGUAUUUUUUAACAAGUUUGGUGGAGGUGUAGCACAUGGUGUCUCUACACUUGCACUACACUUUGCAGGGUACCAGCCAGGUGCUUGUAGCCAUGAUCCUAAAGUGAUCAUCACAUUGCAGGCUCUAGUUGCCCCAGUGCCCAUCUGUCUGCUGCUCAUAGGAAUGAUGUUCUUCUACCUUUAUCCCAUAAAUGAACAGCGGCGCCGACAGAUCCAGGCCACCCUGCAGAAAGCAGCAGCAGAAAAUGAAGAUACUAGAGAGGAGAUGGUUCUUUGAAGAAUGCUGAAGAUCUUGGCUGAUUUUGCUUUUCACGUAGCCCUCGCAACAUUCAGCAUUUCUGCCAUGAAUUUCAAGCAGUUUUCACUAUUUUCAGGAUGUAUUAUUCAAUAUAUUCCAAAAUGAAUUUAAUAUUUGUCAAACCUGUUUGACUGGCAUAGACAGGCAUUACUUUCUAUGCAGUUUUGUAAGCACUUUGUGUGUCAUCUGUUUGUGUUUGUGUAUGUGUAAUAGAGACAGAAACAGAGAUCCUUGACAUAAACUAUUAAAAGCAUAAUCAUUUAGAUUAUGUAUGUGUGCAGUGUCCACAUAUACUGUACAUAACUAACUUUGUUAUGCAUGUUUAUAUUUACACUGGAACAUUGGAUUACAAGCAUAAUUCUUCCGAAAGCGGGCUCGCAUUUUAAAACACUCAUAAACCAAAUCAAAUUUUCCCAUAAGAA